AACCAAUCAAAACUAACAUUAAUUAAAUAAUUAAUGAAUGCACUCACUCACUAAUUGUGGCGUGUGGCAUGUAUCACUGUAUAAUAUUAUGCUCUUCUUAUGCCGUGUUUCCUAUAUAAAUUAAUUAAUUAAUAUGGUUGAAUUUCACAAUCCCAGGUUCCACUUAAUUGUAUGGGUAUGCAGAGAAGAAGAUAAGUGGUGCGAAUGAUGGAGGAAGUGGCAGGGGCGUUUGGCAGCAGCGCCAGCUUCGCCCUCCGCUUGGGGCAGACCGUCUUCUCCUCCGCCUCCCUUCUAUUCAUGUGCUUUGGCGUCGAUUUCUACUCAUACACCGCUUUCUGCUAUUUGGUGACAGUCAUGGGUUUGGUAAUUCCAUGGAGCGUAACAUUGUUAGUAGUAGAUGCUUACUCCGUCUUCAUAAAAGACCUACAAAUUCAGCAAAGGAUUGUAAUGAUAAUCUUUCUGGGAGACAUGGUUUUAUCGUAUCUCUCGCUGGCUGCAGCAUGCUCUACAGCGAGUGUCGCGGAUCUUCUGCUUGAAGCUGGUGGAUCCCUUUGCCCUGCAAGACUAUGUGGUAGAUAUCAAAUGUCUGCUGCUAUGGCCUUUUUGUCUUGGUUUCUUUCAUCAGCUUCCUGUCUUUUCAAUUUUUGGCUCUUCUCUUCUCUGUAAAAUACAUAGCUCACUGUUGAUAUAUGUGUAAAUGAAUGCAAAGGGUGUGAAUGUGAAUGACAAAGUCAUUUGCUUUUUAAGUACAUAUUUUUUGAAAUUUCCUUGUGAAUAAAAUUCUGGCGACUAUAGUCAACAAUGUAAUAACUGCUCUUUCAGCAGGGCAAGGGAAAAAUACUAAAGGUUUAUUUCUUGGUUCUCAACUGCUUCCAGCUUUUCUUCCCAGUUUUUUGCUGUUUUACCAAGUUACUUGGGAAAAGUUGGUUGAAAAUCUGAAUGAUUUAUGUA